UUUACACUCUCCAUGAAGUGCUUAUGAAAUAUAUAAAUAAAAUAGAAAUGUCUAAUAACAGCAAGAGCUUUAAUGAAGCUCGCUUGCUUUGGGCCCUCAUUGUGGGCAUAGUCGUGGGAUAUAUUGUGACCGAGCUCAUCUACCAUAGAGCCGCAAAUCGGCAGACAGAGCUUAGCAUAUGGCCCAUGGAGCAGCCUUCGCUGGCCGAACAACUGACGAAAGAGGUGCGUGUGCUGUGCUGGAUAAUGACCAAUCCGAAGAAUCACAAAACUAGGGCACUGCACAUCAAACACACCUGGGGCAAGCGCUGUAAUAUUCUGCUUUUCAUGAGCUCCCAACUGGAUGCAGAGCUGCCCACGAUCAAUUUGAAUGUGCUCGAAGGACGAGAAAAUCUCUGGCAGAAGACGAAGAAGGCGUUCAAGUAUGUGUAUAACAAUCACUACAACGAUUCGGAUUGGUUCUUUAAGGCCGACGAUGACACCUUUGCGGUGAUCGAAAACAUGCGCUUUAUGCUAUAUCGAUAUGAUCGAGAGACGCCCGUUUACUUUGGCUGCAAGUUUAAUCCCUAUGUCAGGCAGGGCUUCAUGUCUGGUGGAGCUGGCUAUAUCCUUAGCCGCGAGGCAUUGCGACGACUUGUUGUCGAAGGCCUGUCAAUUUCUGAGCAAUGCAAUUCGAGUCCGUUUGGCGUGGAGGACAUUGAGCUGGGAAAAUGCAUGCAGAAUCUGAAUGUAACCGCUGGCGAUUCGCGCGAUGCGUAUGGGCAGGGUCGCAUGUAUCCAUUUUAUCCCGGCCAUCACUUACAUCCCACUCGAAACAGCUCGUUUUGGUACUGGAAAUAUAUAUACUAUAAUACCACAGACUGUUCCAGCUGUGUCGCCAGUACGGCCAUAUCCUUUCACUAUGUCAAGCCCCACGAAAUGUAUGCAUUUUACUACUUUAUUUAUACUCUAAGACCCUAUGGGCUUAUUGAUAAUGUACAAUUAAAGCUGCCUAACAAAUUGGCGCCAGGGGAAUAUAUACCUGAGCAUAUUGAAACAGAAGACGAGUGAUCUAACGAUAAAUCAGGGAUCUUAAUAAGCAAUAUCAAAUCGAAAUAACAAUUGGGCAGAUGAAAUCAAUUAAAUCUUUGCAGUGUAAUUAAAAAUAACAU